AUGUUUAACAUGUUGCCCUUUACGCAUUUUGCGCUUAUUUAUAUGGACGCAGACGGCACCGUCCAUAUACAAGCUUCAGAGUCAAUCGCAAACAGCUGCCACGAGAUACUAUGGACAAAGGUGAUGGAUGCAUUUCUGAGAGCCGUAGCGUCCUCUGAACAAGCUACCAUUACUAUUGCCAAAACCUCACGUCCAUCGCAGCUAACUGGGAUAUCCAAUUUUGGGAUAAACAGUAUGAGUGAAGCGCACAUGCAAAACUCUGUCCCAAUAGCGAAUUCUUUUCAGCCUAUCAAUUGGCCUACUCACAGACGAUGUUGGCCUUCUUUGUCUUCGCAAGGCCUGCAGCAUAACUGGAACCAAUUUUAUAAUAAGGACGCCAACAUUUCAAGGAAAACGAAGACUAUGAUAUCUGUCAGGGACCGAAAUUUCCUGGGCUUAUAUUAUACCGUGGCUUUUAAUAACCUCCAACAGACAAGUUGCCGAAUUCUUGCGAAGGCAUAUAUCAAACUCGUGGAGCCUCGUAAGCAGGUGAACUAUCCAUAUAAUGGACGAAAGUUUGUUGCUGGAACUCUAAAGCAGCUUGACCCUGAUAUGACUAAACCGCCAUGGUGGCCCCUUGGAGUGAUCCAUCGGGAGCCUGGUCAUCUGCCUAAAGUUGGUGGGAGAAUCACCGUUCUUUCGACGUAUAGCACACAACGUAUUCGACUUCUAGUUCACAUACUUCGUGAGCUGCGCUUCAGCCACGGGAUUUCGGUCUCAAAGCUAAAAGAAGCUAGCCAGCUUAUCUGUCAUCAGAUCACCCCAGAGCGAUUACAGAUCCUAGAUGAGAUCUACGAAGUCAGGAGAGAAGAAGAAAACUUCUUAGAUGGAAUAAGUGGUAGGUGA